AUGGAUCGGCUGAAGACGAAGCGGAGGGUUCGACGGAGCCAGAACACGAAGAUAAUUACCGAUAUCACGACUGCGCUCCAUUCAACAACCCUUGACAUCAACUCCCUGAAGAACCUACGAGACAGGCUGAUCGCCAGCAACGAGGAACUCCGCAAGGUCAACGAAGAGAUUGAGCCGCUGAUCACCGAUGCCGACCUCGAAGCGGACUAUGUUGCUGUGGUGGCAGACUACGAAGAUGAAGUAGCAAGAGCCCUCAGUGAGGUACGCAACAAAAUCGAGCGUCAACCGGCAGCACCAGCCAUUUACCAGGUGGGAGACGACGGUGACGGAGUCAUACCCCAGGCCACGGGCGUGAAACUUCCUAAACUACAACUACUGCAGUAUCAAGGUGAGCUUACCCUCUGGCAGCCCUUCUGGGAGCAAUUCCAAACUGCCGUUCACCGUAACACCAGACUCACGGAGGGAGACAAAUUCCAAUAUCUACGCUCCCUGCUGAGUGGGCCAGCUGCCAGUGCUAUCUCCGGGCUACAAACAACGGCAGAGUGCUACAAGGACGCCAUAGAAAUACUAUCCGAACGCUUCGGGAACAAGCAGCGCAUUCAGCGUGAGUACCUCGAAAGACUGCGAAGCCUACCAAUGGUGAAGUCAGAUCGAGAUGUACGAGGACUAAGGAAUAUUUACGACCACGUCCAGACCAACAUUCGUGGCUUGCGUGCUCUAGGCGUUUCGAGUGCAACGUAUUCUACUAUGAUGAUGGACGUACUCCUGUCCAACCUCCCAACCGAUAUACUGGUGGAGUACCAUCGACUCAAAAGAUACGGGAUAGGGCUUGGAGUUCCAAUCAACGGGAGAGAAAGAGCCGGAACGACUGACGAUGGACAACCGUUAGAUGACGUCUCGCCUUCGCCAACAGAUUCAAAUGAGGAGUUGGAUAAACUCUUGCGUUUUAUGCGCGUGGAGAUAGAGAGCAGAGAACAGUCAUCGCCACUCGAGCGAAGGCCGACAACCGUGCCAACAGUGGCUCAAAAUCAGAGGCAAGGCGCCAAUCCACCAUCAACGUUGGUGUUGCACACUAGGGGAACAGACAACACCUGCUUCUUUUGCAACUACCGAACUCACCGUACCGGUGAUUGUCCAUCGGAUAUCACACUAGAUGAGAAAAAGAAAAUGCUAGCGCAAGACAUUAGAUGCUUUCGUUGCACGAAGCGAGGUCACCGAUCAAGGGAUUGCCGUAGUCAACAGAGAUGUACCGGGUGCAGGGGAAGACAUGUCACCUCAAUGUGUAACCCGGCGUGGGAAGCUUUAUCAACCGUUCAGGAGACUGCCAACGUUCUUACCGCCGGUAGUACCCCGACAGUACAUACUCCGAGCGUCCUAUUACAAACGUUCCGAAGCUGGGUUGGAACCGGCCUGAACCAAGCUUACAUCCGCGGUAUUAUCGACGGAGGGAGCCAAAAGACUUUCAUCAGGGAAGACUUGGCUAGAAAGCUUAAUUUGAAGGUUGUCGGGGAACGUAUCAUGCAACUCAACACCUUUGCUUGCAGUGACUCAAACAGGUGUAGGCAGAAGUUCACCGUAGUUAGAAUCCAUAUUAGGGGCCAAUAUAAGACAGCGGAUCAUGUCUUAGAAGCAGUCGUCGUGCCUUUCAUCUGCCAAAACAUCAUAGAAACUCCAGUAGAGCACACAUUUCUCAAGACUAUUCCAGGAGACAUCGCCGACAAGUUGAUGUUUCCAUCGACUCGAGUGGAAGCGGGCAUAAGCCUUUUAAUUGGAGCGGACCAGAUGUGGAAAUUGUUGACCGGCGAGACACGCCGCUCACCUUGCAACACCGGGCUAGUAGCCAUCGCAACGACUUUGGGAUGGACCUUUCAGGGUCCAACGAGCACAGUGAGUGUCUUAUCAGAUAAUACCACAAAUUUGAUGGUGUGCGUGUUGAACGUGGGAGGGGCUGACGAAGAAGAUGAUGCAGCGUUAAAACAUUUCUGGGAACUGGAGACCAUUGGAAUCGUGGAUGAACCUAUGGAUAAGAAACAACAGGAAGAAAAGGUGUUUGAGCAAUUCAAGGAAAACAUCCGACAAAAGAACGACUCCGAAGUCUUGUACGCCGUCUCUCACAAGAUGGCUCUAUCGCCCAGUAUGACAAAGCAAUACGUAGUUACUUUAAAGAUGGACACGCCGAAGAGAUAG